GAUGUGAACUUCGUGGUGGGAAGCUAAGUUUUUAAACUACCCCAAUGGAUGCAGACAGUGAUGUUGCAUUGGACAUUUUAAUUACCAAUGUAGUCUGUGUUUUUAGAACAAGAUGCCAUUUGAACUUAAGGAAGAUUGCUUUGGAGGGAGCAAAUGUCAUUUAUAAGCGUGAUGUUGGAAAAGUAUUAAUGAAGCUUAGAAAACCUAGAAUUACAGCUACAAUUUGGUCCUCAGGAAAAAUUAUUUGCACUGGAGCAACAAGUGAAGAAGAAGCUAAAUUUGGUGCCAGGCGUUUAGCCCGCAGUCUGCAGAAACUAGGUUUUCAGGUAAUAUUUACAGAUUUCAAGGUUGUUAACGUUUUGGCAGUUUGUAACAUGCCCUUUGAAAUCCGUUUGCCAGAAUUCACAAAGAACAAUAGACCUCAUGCCAGUUAUGAACCUGAACUUCAUCCUGCUGUGUGCUAUCGGAUAAAAUCCCUAAGAGCUACAUUACAGAUUUUUUCAACAGGAAGUAUCACAGUAACAGGGCCCAAUGUAAAGGCCGUGGCUACUGCUGUGGAACAGAUUUACCCAUUUGUGUUUGAAAGCAGGAAAGAAAUUUUAUAACUCAUCCCUUGCAUUGGUUAGAAUCUCUAACCGAGCACCUUUUAAAACCUGCUGCACAUUGGACUCAAAAGGAAAACUGGACCAACAGUAAUUGAGGAAAUAGACUCUUUUAUUCACUCAUGGCUACAGUGUAAGCGGCGGUCCCUUUGGAUUUUAUUUCAGUCUUCGCUGUAAUAUAAAAAGGAAGUUUACAAGACAUGACAUUGCUGCUUUUACAAGAGGACAUUCUAUUUAUUUUCGCAGUAAUUCUCAUGUCCCCAUAAGCAGAGCUGUCACAGUGUGCACUACCUUAAAUUGUUUUAUUGUCGUCAUUGUUAUUUUUUCCAGUUUGAGCUAAUGUGUUUCAUUUGUGAAUAGUCUUUUACAUUUUUGUAUGCUGAAUAUGGGCACCAAAGAACCUGUAAAAGUUAUCUUUUCAAUUGAAUGUGCACAAAUAAAGGUUUGGAAAAAGAUCUCUCUUCAUAUCCAUUCUGUAACUUUUACUCCCCAUUUUCUAUUUUAACAAAAAUUGUGUUCCUAAUUCUUUUUUUAAUCUAUGCAAGAUUAGACUUUGGCUAAAAUGUGUUGGCUUCUUUUUGAAGUGUAUUUUGUAUAUAUAUGCUACAUGUGUAUAGUAUCUUUUCAUGCUCUGUUACCAAAUAUAGAAAUUUUUUCUUGCAAAUUAGAAAUUAAAACAUGUAUAUAAGCUCUAGGGAACUGGGAUAGAACUUUAUAGAUAAAGGGUAAUGUUUUAUGUUGCUAAUUUAAUAUGAUAGAAAAUGUUAAAUAACUUUUAAAAGUUAAGAAAUUGUAGUUCUAAAAAGAGAAACCUCUCACCCACUUGAUGGUUGUGAGAAAGAAGCUGUGAUAGGUUGUACCUAUAUAUCCCUUGGUUAUUCCGGAAAGACUCAGCUGUAGUUGUAGGGAAGUGAUCAAGGUUCUUGAGUGAUUCAUCUUAAGUUGGUGCUCAAGGCUGUAAAGGGUCUCAUCAGAAAUUAGUGACUUUGUGCUGUUUUUACAAGAAGUGCCCACAAGCUGCCUCUGUGCCACAGUGUAAUUAAAAUACAGUUCAAUUUGAUUUGAAAGCCAUUUUCCAAGAUCUAUGUUUCCCCUUGCUGUGUCUUAUUUAAUGGAGCUAAAAAUGACUACUCAGUGAAUGGGAUUGCUACUCUUAAUGUUUAUACUAAAUACCCAGUGAUGAAGCACUGUCGUCGCUCCUGCGGGAGCCCUGCAGUAGUAAUACAGGAGCAAGCAGUAGUUGUGUUCAGGAGUUUGCUGUAAACCACAGUGACUUCACCUAGAAAUAUAGCCUGUGUAGAGUCAGAUUAGCUUCUCAGUAGAAACUUACUAGAGACAGUAUUCCAACACAAUCUUCCAUGAAAACCCGAAUUACCAAAAUGUUUAGAAAAGUAAAACCUUGCAACAUUUGAACCUCUGUAUUUAAACCAUUUUCCUUAUCAUAGUAUAAAAUGUUGAAAAUCUAACUUCAGCACUGCACUCAAUAGUACAUAGGAUUUUGUUUCAUUUUAUCUUCAUUCUUCUCAAAGCCUUCCCCUUACUCUGCUUGUCGCUCAAAAGUAGAGGUAAAGGCUAACUUUGACACAUUCUUGUGAAAAAUUUAAGUGUGACUUUUAGACUUUUAUUUUUUUUUUACACUUGUGUUUAUUUGCUUCAUUUUUAAGAUCAAUAGGAGAGAUAAACCCAUAAAUACAGAUAAUAAAAAUAGAUUAAAAACAGUUAUAGGCAGACUUUUUAAAAAUUUUGAGAUUUUUCCACUUAGUUUUAAUUGACAGUAAGAAGGUGAACUCCUGUUUGGAGUGUUCACAAAAAAAAAAAAAAAAAAAAA